CCCUGAUAAUAUUGGUUGCCUGAUGCAUGUAGAUUAGCACAUGACGCGCCUGCAGUACCUCUAUAUGUGAGUGACAUUCAUAUCCCAGUAGACAUGGCUUCAACGAUGGGUUUGAACAAAGCUCUGCGUUGGCUGCCACGUUCCUCUGCCAGUCCCCGUCUGGAGGAAGACGAAGACAACAACGAGAGGAACGGGCUGCUGAGGAGCCACCGGGAUCAGAACCGGGUGGUGCCCGUGACGGGUCUCCAUGUUGACGAGCAACCCGAGGCAGGUGCGCAUGUGGAGCCCAAGACCGUGGCCCUGAAGGUGUCGAUGCACUGCCAUGGCUGUGCGAGGAAGGUCGAGAAGCAAAUCUCCAAGCUCCACGGAGUUGUGUCCAUCAGAAUAGAGCUGGGGAUGAAGACGGUGACCGUGGUUGGCAACGUGACUCCCAUGCAAGUCCUGGAGACCGUCUCCAAGGUGAUCAAGUACGCGCACAUUCUGCCGCUGCCCUAGCGAUGCUGUUUCCCGGUCCACCGUGUGGUGAUAGCACUUUUCUUUGAUGAAAACGAUGAGCGCUAUCCCUCUUUUUUCUCCUUCUUUUAGCGCUCAAUCUGUAUCCUGAAAACAGAAAAUCAUAUGUAGAUUGUCAUUUCAGGAGCCACCCGUGUCCUGGGCUCCUGGCAACUCGAUCGUCUCAUCAAUCUGAAAUAUGUUGUUUGUGGUGGAAUCAGCCCACCAUCAGGGUCUA